UAAGAGUCAUAACCUAUAAAAUAAUUCAUAACAAAUAUUAUUUUUUGAUUUCAUUAUUCAUUUAUAAAUUAUUUAGAAUGAAUACGAGCGUGAGUAAGGAUCUCAGCAGAAAUACUCGAAAAAAAUAUAAUAUACGAAGUAAAAACCGUCACGGAUAUUUUCACAAUACUCAUAACUUCAAUGUAAUAAAUCGAAAUAGUAGUUUUCAGCCAAAUUCAGUUGGUUUUUCAGAAUAUGUUUUGCACAAUCAGAAUAGGAGGCCCUAUACUCGAUACAGUACAACCAGGGCAAAUGCAGGAUAUUUGAAACAUAUUUCUUCACAAUCGAUAAGAAAAGAAAAAGAACAUUCCACUAUCGGUUGUUAUGAAGAAUAUACUUUAAAGAAAAUACGUGCUACAAGUGAUAUGAUAAAACAGCAAUUAAUGAGCCCAGAGCAUUCAAUAAUUGUCAGUGAAAAUGAAACAAAUGAUAAAUCUGAUAACGUAACUUCUAAACUGAAGGAGAGACAAAGUAGAUCAGUUGGUGGAACUUCCAGUAUUUCUGAUAAUAAAAAAGAUAAUUCAUCUGGUAAAUCACUCAAGAAACAGAAUAGAUUAAGUGAAGAAGUCAGUAGACUUCAACAAUUGAAGGAGAGAAGGAAAAAUGAGUUGAGAGAGAAAUUCAAAAAGGAUAAAAUAGCGUCACAAAAAUCUGCUGACAUUUAUAAUGUAAAGGAAAUUUCUGAUAAAAUCCUGCAACACAUUUCCAAAAUGAACAAUGACAGAUUAGUUGAUUUCGUUAAUUCAGAUAAUUCACGUUAUGAAGAAGCUUUCAACUAUAUAUGCAAACAGAAAACCUUUGAGUUAACCAAAGCUUUGAGAGAUUUGAGCCAUCAAGAAAAGCCAGAGGAAUGUGAAUUUGUUAACUCAAUUAUUCCAGAGUUCUCUAUAAAGAUUGAAGAAUUGCCAAUAAGUGUCAUAAGAGAAUUGAGUUCAACUUUUGAUGAGUUGCAUAAAGACAUUGUGAAUCCUCUCUUAUCUGGUAAUAAUCUACGUCUAUUCAAUGAAAGUGGAGAAUUUCAAAGAUCAAAUGAUUUUUCACUAUGCAAAAAACAAACCUGUGGGGAUAAUAUGAACUAUGGGAACAAUUUGAACAUAUGUAGUAAUGAAUAUCAAAAAUCUGGUGCACCUAUUGAUAAUGCAAUAGGAAAUACAAAUUUUCAGUUCAUUGAGAUUAUAGAUUCCGAUGAAGAAAAUUUACCUGUGAAAUUGGAAAAGGAAAACCUUCCUGGUCAGCAAGAAACUGAUACCAAUAGGAUAGAGCAGGCAUCUUUGAAACCUAUGGAUAAUAUAAUGCCUUUGUUGCCAGAAAAGUAUUCUAACUUGAAUACUGGGAGUAAUGAUACUAUUUUAUGCCAAGAAAAGAAUGUGGCUACCAUCUAUUCGAACUUUUCCACUCAAAAUUUUCAGUCUUCAAGUAGGGAUGCAAAAGUUUCCGUUGAUAAAGCAUCAUUACCUAUUGAGGCAAAUUCAGUUGGUGAAACAAAUAUACUAAAUUCUCAUUCACAGGAUAGCUAUCAGACAACUGAGAAAGAAGCUGCAGAUUCCACAUUCCAGGAAGUAGAAGAAAAACCUUACAUUGAAUUGGAAUUAGGAGAACCUUCCAUUCAAGAGAAAAUAGAAGAAAAACCUCCCAUACAAUUGGAAAUUAAAGAAGAAUCUUCUGUACAAUCGAAACUGGAAGAAACACCUCCUAAUCAAGUGAAAAUGAAUGAUCUGAACUCUCAGCCAAAAGUAGGGUCUGUUUGGGUCAGUAAAAGUAUUUUCGCAACAUCAGGUAGUCUGGAACAAAAAGAACAUUCAAAUGUGGAUGAGACGACCAACUCUCAUUGUCAAAAUUCAGACAAUUUAAUUCCUCUGGGAAAUUCGAACAAUAUAACAUUACUCAAUGAGCAGAUUUCUCGGACACCUGUAGAAAAUGUAAUUAAUUCUAAUGGGGAAGAGAAUAUUGCUUUAGCUCAAAGGCAAAAUGAGGAUAUAUCUAAUACUUGCAAUUCUGAACCUACUGUAUUGCCGAGUAUUGCUCCUAAGGAUAAUCUUUCACUGGAUGCUGCAUCAAGUGUUCACGAUAAGUUGUUGUAUGUUAAAGAAGUUAAUGACAAACAAACACAAAAAGUAGCGAAUAGAGGAGAAACCAUGAUAAAUAUGGAAAGGUCCCCUGAAAAUGAAACAUGCCUCACUGCCCCUCCUACUACAGAUCGUCAGCAUGAACUUGUCCCAUCUCCUACAAACAACUCAACAAUUCCAUCUGUUGUUGAUGUUAGUCCUGAAAACGAGUUCAUAUCUUUGACCAUUAAACCAUUUGAGAAACCUAAGAAUCUUGUUGAUGCAGUAAAAAUGAUGAAGUUGAUCGAUGAAAAAAUCGAGGUUUUGACUAAAUUACGUCAAAACAUUUUUGUUGGACUGAGUGAAUCUGUAGUCCCAUCUGAAGAAAUGAAUCCAGGAAGUAAAAAAAGGAAAUUGGACGAUUCUGAAGUGGUAAGUAAGAGAGGUGAAAUAUCUGAAAAAAGGAAAACCCCAAUUGAAGAGAAUCCUCCUGAAGAAAUAGAACCAUUUUCAAGUUUGAAUACAAGGAAUGAGGUUAUACUUUUUUGUAGGAUAAUGAAAGAAAAGGAUGAAUGUAUAGUAGGCACAGAUAAUGGAAAAAUACAAUAUCAUAGUAUAUAUGGAAAAAAACCCUUGAUGGUUGUUACUAUUGGCCGCAGUGCCAUAAGUUUCUUGGAAAUUGUGAGGAUAUAUGACAGGAAUUAUAUUUGUACAGGCACUCAUACAGAAUACGAAAUUAAAAUUCUAAUGUACAAACGACAGAUAAUAGAGAAACGAAUCCGUUUGGAGGAUUCCAUACAAGCACUCGCUCACAAUUGGGGGUAUUUUUUCAUUGGUGGAAGGAGAGGAUACCUUACAAGAUAUGACUACAAGAAAAACAGAAUUCAGUUUGAAGAUCGUAUAUCUUCAUCACGCAUCAAAGACUUGAAAACAACUAAGGAAGGUCCAAGGAAACUUUUAUUGAUAUUUUUCGAGGAUGAUGAUGGAGUAGCACACAUUCAUGUCAGAGAUGCGAUGACAGCAUUACAUAUACGCACUAUAAUAGAUAUGAAAAAUGUGAGAUGUAUGUAUCUGAGGCAUUCAUAUGUUUAUUUAGCCACUGAUGGACACAUUCAUAUAUAUAAUGGCACUAAUGGAGACUUUGUCCGAAGUUUAUUAACCAACAAGGAAUUUUUUUCGAUGAGAUCCAGGGGAAACCUGUUAAUAUUAGCCGCUGUAGAUGGAAUUUAUGCAUUUAAUAUGAGAAACAAUCAUUAUCUAGGUUGUUUCCAAGAAGAAAAUGCUGUUUCAUCGGUAUUUUUCCAUGACCAAAAGAUUGUACUGACCACAUGGGAAAAUAAGAUUGCAGUUUUGGAUAUACCGGACCAUUUCAAAGCUGUUAUUUGAUGUGUGAGGUCGUAUUUUUUUAACUCAUUUGAUGUGAUAAUCUUUUUGACACCAUGUAAAUACUGUAAAUAGAAGUUUUAAAUUCAUAAAGUAAUUUUUCUGAUGACUGCAACUACUGAUUUGUAUCCAUUCAAAAAUUUUUAUUUUUCCUUUUCGAGCAUUUCAUGUUCAGUUACCAAUUAAUUUAAAUUAUCAUGGAAUCCUUUUACUCAAUAAAUGUAUGGAAAAUUA